GGGGGCAGUAAACACACACAACCAUACAACCACCUAGAGAGCGCGAAGAAGAAACCGGUUCGGAAUCAACCAAUCACACGCUGCUUUACCGGUGACGUCACAUGAUUGCGGAAGUGAUGGAUGUAAAUGGUGACAGGGGGAAUCUGGAGAAGGUGCGCCAUGUGGUGUUGGUUCUGUCGGGUAAAGGGGGAGUGGGGAAGAGCACCAUCACUACAGAGUUAGCGCUCGCUCUGUUACACGCAGGGAUGAAGGUGGGGGUGUUGGACGUGGACCUGUGUGGGCCGAGUAUCCCCCACAUGCUGGGUGUGAGUAAACACGAGGUCCAUCAGUGUGACGCGGGCUGGGUCCCCGUGUGUGUGGAGCGUCUGUCCCUCAUGUCCAUCGCCUUCCUGCUGGACGACCCUGACGACGCCAUCGUCUGGAGAGGACCCAAAAAGACUGCUCUGAUUGGUCAGUUUGUGAGUGACGUGGCGUGGGGGGAGCUGGAUGUAUUGCUGGUGGACACGCCCCCCGGCACAUCCGAUGAGCACCUGGCUGUCCUGGAGAAUCUGAAAAAACACAGAGUGGAUGGAGCUGUACUGGUCACCACACCACAGGCGGUAUCUACGGGAGACGUGCGGCGUGAGAUCACUUUCUGUAAGAAGACGGGUGUGAAGAUUUUGGGCAUAGUGGAGAACAUGAGCGGCUUCGUGUGUCCUCACUGCACUGAGUGCACCAGUAUCUUCUCUAAAGGAGGAGGAGAGGAACUCGCCAAACUCACUGGAUCAAAGUUCCUGGGCUCGGUGCCGUUGGACCCUCUCCUGAGUGCGAGUGUAGAGGAAGGUCGUGAUUUCCUGCAGGCUUUUCCGAACAGCGCCACCUACAGCUCCAUCAGAGACAUCGCAGAUACGCUGCUGACCAGCCUGGAGCACUGACGCCCUUCAUCAUCAUCAUCAUCAUCAUCAGUGUAGUGACAGAACAAUGUACAGGAGCAGGACUGUGGAAACACUGACUAACACACACACACCAGUGUUAAAGUGUGUGUUUGACUUACAAACAUGACCAACCUCACACACACACACAGCUUCUCUCAUAUCUGUGUUUGUAUCAUGGUUUUGACUGUGUGUGUGUGUGUGCGCUUACAGUGUAUAGACACAUUUGUAAUAAAGAAACAGCUGAAGUGUG